AUGAGUGCUAUUACAGGUAGACCAUGUGAUGUAAAUGGUGUAUUCCUCCCCCCUGGCACUCCACCUCCACCUCCUGAGAAUCUUGCAACCAAUGACUGGACGCCUUUUCGAAACCACACAGAAUUUGAAACAGCUGAGUUCCUUUACAAGCACAAUCAAAUGCCAGCUGGUCAAAUUGACCGGCUACUGGAUCUAUGGGCAUCUACCCUCACAAAGCACAACGACAGCCCGCCAUUUGCAGAUCACCGUGAUCUGUACCAUGUCAUUGACACCCUGAUGGAUGGCGAAUAUGAAGUCUGGUUCCGCGACCCACGUGAAGUUGCGCGUAAUGUGCUCGCAAAUUCGACUUACACUAAGGAGAUAGAUUACUGCCUGUAUAGGGAGCAUUCAACUGAGGGUGACAAGUGUCAAUGGAAGGAUUUUAUGUCUGGUGACUGGGUAUGGGAUCAAGCAGAUGAAAUCGCAAAAGACCCGAGCACUCUCGGGUCAACAUUUGUCCCUGUCAUCCUUGGCAGCAACAAAACAACAGUUUCAGUCGGAAUGGGUAACAACAAGUACUACCCGCUCUAUGCUUCCAUUGGGAACAUCCACAAUAAUGUUCGAAGAGCACAUCGUGAUGGUGUGGCCAUCAUUGGGUUCCUGGCAAUGCCAAAAACUACGCAGGAACAUGCUGAAGAACCUUUGUUCCGAAGAUUUUGUCGACAGUUAUUCCAUUCAUCCCUUUCCAAAAUUCUCGAUCUACUCAAGCUGGGCAUGACGACUCCCAAAGUGACACAUUUCAGAGAUGGCCACUACCAGCGUGUCAUAUAUGGACUAGGGCCUUACAUAGCGGAUUACAAAGAGCAAGUUUUAUUAGUGUGCAUUGUCCAUAAUUGGUGUCCGAAGUGUGUUGCAAAUCACAAAGAUCUUGAUGAAGAUGCGCUGCCCAUAGCUGCAAAUAUACAGAGGCACUUGAGAUCUUUGGGAAGACUUCGAAAUAGUCACGCAACUUGUGGUAAGUCAUUCAGCAUUUUUCUCUUGUUUUCAUUUACAAAACUAAUACUAUUUCGACAGCCAUUCACAAAUGACUUUCCCCAAGCUGAUAUCUAUCAAAUGAUAUCACCAGAUAUCCUCCAUCAACUUAUAAAAGGUGUGUUCAAGGAUCACCUCAUGACAUGGGUUGAGAAGUACCUCCAUCAGACACACAACAAACAAAAGGCACAGAAAAUUAUGGAUGAUAUUGACCGCAGAAUCGCUGCUCAGUGGACAGGAGAUGACUCCAAGGCCUUGAUGAAAGUCUAUUUACCUGCUAUCAAGGGCCAUGUACCUCAAGACAUUGUUCGCACCUUUCGUGCGCUUCUGUAUUUUUGUUAUCUAGUCUGUCGCAAUAUAAUCACUGAAGACUCUCUACUUCAAAUUGAAGACACUCUCUCUCGUUUUCACCGUUACCACGAAAUCUUCAGGACAACGGGUGUUGUCCUUCACUUCUCCUUACCUCGUCAACACUCACUCAUGCACUAUGUUCAAAACAUUCCACUCUUUGCUGCACCCAAUGGUCUCCACUUGUCAAUCGUGGAGAACAAGCACAUCACAGCGGUCAAGGAGCCCUGGCGACAAUCGAGCCGUUUGAAUGUGCUUGGUCAGAUAUUACUGACCAAUCAACGGCUCAACAAACUUUCAGCACUGCGAGUCAACUUCAUGUGUCGGGGGAUGCUCACUGGCACUUGUGGCAAAAAUUGUGCUCAAACCCUUCCUGAACUCACCAAUGAACUUGAUAUUCCUCACCUAUCUGACCUUCUCAGGCACUUCUUAUUUCAACAGACACAUCCUGAUAAUCCCCACAAUCUAUCUGACAUACCUCUUGCUGAAUGCCCCCUCUAUCUCAGCAAAAUUGCAGUCUUCAACUCAGCAUCAUUACGAUUUUAUGUGCCAAGCAAUUUGAGUGGUAUUGGUGGCAUGCGCACUGAACACAUCCGCUCUUGUCCCUCCUGGCGAGGUGGGCAUUCACGCAACGACUGUGUCUUUGUCAACACAGACUUUAGUCUACCUAACAUGCAAGGUCUCAAAGUUGCACGCAUUCGCGCAUUUUUUUCAUUCCAGUACCGGGGCGAAGUGUAUCCCUGUCUUGUGGUUCACUGGUUCGACAAAAUCAGCAAUGCUGCAGACGAAGACACGGGAAUGUGGGUGGUUCAUCCAGGAGAGGGUACAAACAAUACUGCUGAGUAUGCGAUCAUUCAUAUUGACACCGUUUAUCACACUGCACAUCUGAUUCCUGUGUAUGGCACGGAAUUCCUGCCUCCAGAGCUCAAAUUUUAUCAUUCCUAUGAUGCAUUCCAUGCCUACUACAUGAAUAAAUACGCUGACCAUCAUGCCUUUGAGAUUGCAUUUUGAUCUAGCUACUUGUACACCAUUUGAAUUUAUAAUACUAUUUUCUCUCUUAAUAUGCAUUUUCUCUCCUUUGUGUGGCAAACCCAAUGGACCGCUCCUUUGCACCUUUGAGAAAUUUCGGAAAGAUCGAGUUAUCACUCCUUGUAUUAAUUUUUAUGCCUUAGUGC